CAUACUUCAGAAAGAAUCAGUUUGGAAUUGGUUCGAGAAGAAGCAGAAGUGAAUAUUAGAAGAGAAACGAGCUUAUACUACUUUGAUAUAUACUUUCACGACAGGAAAAUAGAACGUCAGUGUAAUAAGAAUAAUAACUGUGUGAUUUAGAAGAUGGAGUUUUCACUGAUUUUGGGGUGCAUGAGCAUUUUGUUCAUCGGCACCACCUAUGCGGAGUACAACUACAAAACUGGCUAUGUAAAUGCCCAAGGAGUUCCAAAUGGUGGAAUGGAUAUUGCAGCACCGUCGUUUGAAGCAAUGAAAACUUUUGGCACAGCACAGAGUGGUGACGCAUUUACAAAUAUCAUGGCACAAAACAAAGCUAUGAAUGACACUCAGCAAUGUAUGGAACAGGGGGACAUUCCCGUACCUUGUAACAGCACCAAUCGUCAAAGACGAAACGCACUACGCAACCGAGGAGCGAGGUGGAUUAAUGGGAUCGUUCCAUACGUUAUCGACGGCUACUACGAUGCUGCCACAAGAGGGCGUAUCUUCAGAGCCAUGAACCGUUACCACGACACCACCUGCAUCAGAUUUGUACAGAGAACGAACCAGCAAGACUACAUCUAUAUCUUCCCUGGAAACGGGUGUUAUUCCCUGGUCGGCCGUGUCGGGGGACAACAGCAGGUUUCUUUGGGAGUUGGGUGCACUACGAACUUGGGUACGAUCAUCCACGAGCUUAUGCAUGCCGUCGGAUUCCACCACGAGCAAACACGAACAGAUCGCGAUGAUUUUGUCUACAUCUACCGCCAAAACAUCAUCAGAGGUCUGGAGUAUAACUUUGAUAAGUAUGACCAAACCUACAUCGACCAUCUUGGAACCCAAUACGAUUACCUAUCCGUCAUGCACUACCAUAUGACUGCUUUCUCAUCAAACGGACAACCGACCAUCGUAGCUCGUGACACGAGGUACCGACUGGAUUACCGUUCCGACUUCAGCGAAAAUGAUAUCAGGAAACUCAACAUCUACUACCAGUGUGAUGGUACAACUGUUGAUCCAACCACUCCCGAGGAAGAGUGUAUGGAUAUGAAUCAAGCUUGUUCAGCCUGGGCUCAAGCUGGGUAUUGUCAAACCAAUCAAUGGGUGAUGACAAACUGCAAGCAAAGCUGUGGAACAUGUACUCCUACUCCUACUACAGGACCGGGAGAAACUGAUUGCAUGGACUCACAUAGUAAUUGUGCGGCAUGGGCUCAGGCAGGAGAGUGUCAAAUCAACCCGGCAUGGAUGUUGGUUAACUGCAAAGUUAGUUGUGAUCAGUGUGACACCGGCACCGUCACUGAAAGUUGCAAAGACCAGAACGAGAACUGUGAAGUUUGGGCUAAGUACAUGCAAUGUACUGAAAACCCAAGUUAUAUGCUGGAGUACUGCCCCCGUUCAUGUGGACAGUGCAGCAGUAGCAGCUUGAUGAAUACCUGUGAAGAUUACCAUGACAACUGUGAAUACUGGGCCAGUAAUGACCAGUGUCAAGAAAAUCCCGGAUACAUGAACUACGAGUGCAGGAAAAGCUGUAAUCUCUGUGUUGCGAGCUCACCAGUGCAGUUGCUACCUCAAAUUGAGUGUCAGGACACCAGUGGAUACUGUCCUAUCUAUUUGGAAGAUGGGAUGUGCGAGUCGAAUCCAUCCUACAUGGGCCUUGUUUGUCCCGAUACCUGCCGCAUGUGCCCCGGUAGAUCUUACCCAGACAACGGAGCCAGUGGACUUCGAUCUUUCUUCGGAUUUCUUGGUGCCCUCGUCGUCGCUUUUCUUGCUCAGAAACUAGCUUUUUAGGGAUUAAUUGGUAUGAUCGCCACAUAUGCAGUUAAACUGUCAAAAUUAAUGUUGGUGAAAUGUUUGUGAUUGGUUAAAUAGACAACCGUUACAUGAUAGAGCACAAAUUCAAAAAAUCGUGGAUUUGCUAUUAAUUUGGAUUAUCUAUUUAAUAUGUUUGGAGACAAAAUGGUGAUCCAUAAUAUAUUCUGAUUUCAUCCUUAGAUAUCUGUUCAAGAAAACAUCAAUAGACAUGUUCAAU